GCCUACCUAAACCAGCCUCCUCUCGGAUUAUCGCGUUUGGUUUUUGUUUUUUUAAACCUACAUCUCUUUAGCGGCGGAAACAUACAAGAGACACCUCCUUGUGCUUAAAAAAAACCUCGGCGCUGUUUGCUGUCACCUUGCGUCUCCCCCCUCCCCCUUUUCUUUUUUUUUGAUGAUGAUUUGUGAGGAAGAUGCGCCGCCGGUCUGAAAUUCCCCGUUGACCUUCGCCUCCCACUUACUGGCUCCCAUUCUCGCUAGAAACACUACAUUACAUACACACACACAGGUGCUGCUCUUUCUUUCUCUCUCUGUGUGUGACUGCCUUCCACAGCCGGGAUAAUCUUUUGUUUUCUCUGACCGAAGGCAGAUGCCCGUCGCUCUGUCAUCCCGGCUUGUACUAUGGUGGAGUUUCCAUCUCUCAGCCCUUACUGGCCUCUCAUCCGCUUUCUGGUGCCUUUGGCUAUCACCAAUGUUGCCAUCGACCUCGGAGAACAGGCUCUCAACAGGGGCAUAGCCACAGUCAAAGAGGAUGCAGUGGAAAUGCUGGCCAGCUACGGCCUGGCCUACUCCCUGAUGAAGUUCUUCACCGGGCCCAUGAGCGACUUCAAGAAUGUGGGUUUGGUGUUUGUCAACAGUAAGCGGGACCGGAGGAAGGCUGUGUUCUGCAUGGUGGCGGCCGGCCUCAUCGCGUUUGUCCUCCAUAUCUUGAUAGCAUACACAGAUUUAGGGUACUACAUCAUUAAUAAGCUCCACCAUGUGGAUGACUCUGUGGGGCACAAGACAAGAAGAGCUUUCUUAUACCUGGCUGCAUUCCCUUUAUUGGAUGCAAUGGCAUGGAUUCACGCAGGGAUUCUUCUCAAGCACAAGUACAGCGUCAUAGUCGGUUCAGCCUCCAUCUCUGAUGUCGUGGCCCAGAUUGUGUUCGUGGCCAUUCUCCUUCACAGCAAUCUGGAGUGUGUGGAGCCUCUACUUAUCCCAAUCCUUUCCCUGUACAUGGGUGCCGUGGUCCGUUUCAGCAUAGUCGGUCUGGGUUAUUACUGUAACAUUCACGACAGUAUCCCAGACUCCAGCGGACUGGACGUGGGUGGUGACGCCACCAUCAAAAAGAUGCUGAGUUUCUGGUGGCCUCUGGCCCUCAUCCUGGCUACUCAGCGCAUCAGUCGACCCAUCGUCAACCUCUUCGUGUCUCGUGACCUCAAGGGGACCAGUGAUGCUACAGAGGCCGUGGCAGUGCUCACAGCCACAUACCCGGUGGGUCACAUGCCCUACGGUUGGUUAACCGAGCUGAGGGCAGUGUACCCUGCCUUUGACAAGAACAAUCCCAGCAACAAGCUGAAUGCUGGUACCUCCGUCACCAAGACUCAUAUUAAAAAGUUCACAUUCUGCUGUCUGGCUCUAUCGCUCACGCUUUGCUUUGUGGUGUUUUGGACUCCUCACGUAUCAGAGAAGAUCCUGAUUGACAUCAUUGGAGUGGAGUAUACUUUCGCCAAGCUGUGUGUGAUCCCCCUCCGAAUUUUCUCCUUUUUCCCUCUGCCAGUGACUGUUCGGGCUCAUUUGACUGGAUGGCUCAUGACCCUCAAAAAGACCUUUGUGCUGGCCCCCAGCUCAGUUCUCCGCAUCAUUGUCCUCAUCACCAGUCUAGUUGUGCUGCCUUAUAUGGGGGUCCACGGGGCCGCGCUCGGGGUUGGAUCCCUCCUGGCCGGUUUCAUAGGGGAGUCGACAAUGGUUGCCAUAGCAGCGUGCUAUGUUUAUCGACAACAGAAGAACAGCGAGAUGUCCAACGAGCUGGUGGUGGAGGGCGAGGACGCGGCUCCGAUGAGCGAGGUGUGCCCCAGGACUCAGAUGGACGCCAUCGAGGAGCUCCAGGAAGAGGAAGAGGAGCAGGAGUGAAGAACUGUUGUUGAGAAGUUGGAGAGAAAGAAAGAAAGAAAGAAAGAAAAAAAAAAGGGAACGUGGACCUUUGCCUAAAAAAAAAAAAAAAAGAAUGAAGAGGAGACCGCUGAGUGAUCCGGUGCCAGAGAGGAGAGAGAGAGAGAGAGAGAAAGAGAGGAUCUGACGGAACUUUCAAAAUAAAAGCACAACGAGGUCUUCUUCGCUUCGACCCUCUUGCACCCCCCUCCCUCCUCUUCCUCCUCCCCC